AUGGAAACUGUGUCCAAACGUCAAUGCGACAUUGAGCACCAGGCUGUCUCAGAAAACUCUAAGCCCAGCACUCUCAUCGACGGCAAUGAAACCGACACCAAUUCGAACGAUCACUUAGCCUAUGAGGUGGUUUGGUCAAAGGAUGACCCUGAAAAUCCGAAAAAUUGGUCUGCGUUACACAAGUGCCUUGCUAUCUUCACCAUGGGUUAUGGUGCGACUGUUGUCAGUUUAUUUAGUACCUCCUAUACGGUUGGCAUCACGGGACUACAAGAGGAAUUCCAUAUAUCCAAAACCGUCGGCCUCCUGGGUUUGACCACUUACCUAAUAGGUAUGGCAGUGGGAAGCAUGAUUCUUGCUCCCUUGAGCGAGAUGUACGGGCGUCGGCCCAUCUAUAUCUUUUCGAUCACUCUGUUUACGAUCUUUGUGUUGCCAUCUGCAUUGGCAACAAAUAUACAGACGAUCCUGAUCACACGUUUCUUCACCGCAUUCUUUGGCAGUGCUAUGAUGUCCAACUCUCCUGGCUCUGUGAAUGAUAUCGUCUCCGAGAAGCAUCGGGCCUUCGCCUUCGGCUUUUGGUCUCUCGGGCCUACAAAUGGACCUGUUAUUGGACCCAUUAUUGGAGGAUUCAUCUUUGAAUACCUUGGCUGGAGAUGGCUUGACUGGAUUAUUAUGAUUCUCGGUGGUGUUGCCUUUCUACUAGUCCUGACUAUCAAGGAGACCUAUGCUCCAUUUCUUCUGCGCAAACGGGCGCUUAGAAUGAGGAAGGAGACAGGAAACCCCAAAUGGUGGAGUCGCUAUGAUAAUCAGUUGGACUUUGCAACCUAUCUCCAAAUUAAUAUAACUCGGCCGUUGACCAUGAUGGUAACGGAGCCCAUCUGCAUUUUUUGGAAUGUUUACGUCGCCUUGGUCUAUGGUGUGCUAUAUCUCUGCUUUGUCGCCUACCCUCUCGCCUUUCAAAAGUACCGUGGCUGGACUCCUGGCAUCGGAGGUCUGGCUUAUCUAGGUAUAGGAUGCGGAUCAGUACUUACCAUCGCUUUUGAACCAAUCCUGAGAAAGAUCAUCAACUCCCACAAGAAGGACGCCACUGGCAAGGUGCCCCCUGAAGCAAUGGUCAGCGUUAUCUGUGUUUCGGCUGUCCUGUUAGCGGCAGGCGAGAUUUGGUUUGCUUGGACAUCCACACCGAACGUACAUUGGAUUGUACCAAUUCUCGCUGGUGUUCCAUUUGGCGCUGGCAAUGCGGGUGUCUUCAUCUACAUGAGCAACUACCUUGUACAGUCGUAUAAUGAUUACGCCGCGUCAGCUUUGGCGGGGAAUGCCGUGCUGCGCAGCAUAUUUGGAGCCUUGCUUCCCCUGGCAGGUCCUUCUAUGUAUGCUACUUUGGGGUUGCAUUGGGCGGGAUUUCUCCUCGGAAUGGUCGAAGCCGUCUGCGUUGCGAUUCCGGUGGUGUUCUACCUCUAUGGCUACCGAAUCCGUGAGCGUAGCGUCAUGAUUCGAAAAAUGCAGGCGGAUAGGGCCCUCUGA